AUGUAUUCUACCGUCGAGAAUGCAUCAACUGCCACAUAUGCUCAGAUUGAUGCAAAGAUUAUAGAUUACGAUGCAAGAUUCCGACACCCAAGUUCUGACAAUCGUCCUUCAUCGUCCCCAGUGGCGUCACCAUCAACUAACAUAUUUGCGCAAAGAAGGAACAGAUUUUCCUCUGAAUCUUCUAUUACAAAGAACGAUUCAAUCAUUACAAUAGAAGAUACGCAAAAUGAGAGCGAUACUGAAGAAGAUCCGAUUAGUAUUGUAAAUGAUAAAUCACCUAAAAAAAAGCGACAACUAUCGGAUCUAUGUUUAACAGAUGAUGAAUCUGAUCUAUCUGCCAGCAAACCUAUUGAAGAAAACCAGCCAUAUAGUGAAAAAGGAGGUAGUGGCAAGCGUGGAGGUCGUGGGAAACGUGGAGGUCGUGCAAAAAAGUAA